AUGAAGUUUACAUACACCAUCCGCCUUGCAUUACUCCUCCCAGCUGUAUCUGCAACCCACUUUACAUGGCCUGCUCAAUUCACACAAUGGGAAAAUGGUGAAAAGGGAUUGUUUCGUCUUGUCGGUGAAUCAUGCAAAUCAGGAUCCAUCAAGCUGAUUGACUCGGGUGGAUUUGCUCCAAAGAACCUAGGCUAUGUUGCCAAGGAUGUCGAUAUCACUGGUGACGACGCAUUUGAAUUUGACAUUUGGGAUGAGCUUCCUGCUGGCGAAACCUAUCAACUUGGCUUUUACCCAAAUCUUGAUUGUGGCAAGGCUACUACGGCAUUUUCAUAUUACUUUACAAUCAAAAACAAGCGUAAGGAGGCAUCCGACAAAGACAAAGCUUGA